GCGCUUCUUGUUGUCGCCUUGAGCGCGGGGGCGGGGGGAUAGAGGUUUAGCCAUGGCUGCGGCGGCGGUAACGGGUGUGGCGGCGGCCGCCGCAUCUGCUGCUAUAGGCACCAGGUUCCCCGCGCUCUCUUCGUCGGGAGAUGGCGGCGAUCUUGCGGGAAAGGGCGUUGGAAUGAGCAUGAUGAGUCCAUCGACGGCGCGCAGUCAACUUUGCCUUGACUGCGCGCCGAGCGCGGAUGAUCUGCACCUCACGAAACGAUGGGUCGAAAAGUCCGCCAUCUCGACGCUGGCGGCUGCGCACCCGCCUGCGGCAAGGCGGCGAACGUGGCGGCGGGCGUCGUUCAGCGCACCGUCGGGCGUCAGUUCCUCCUCCUCCUCCCCUGCCUCUUCUCGGUCCUCUUCUUCUUCCAUACCUUCUUCUUCUUCCAUAACUUCUUCUUCCCCGCGCAGAUUCAAAAACGUGGCGCGCGCGGCGGAGCAAUCCCCGUCGGCGGGGUUGUCUGUUUCCCCGCCUAGCUUGAUUGAACCCGAUGGCGGGGAACUAGUCGACUUGAUUGUCCCCGCGAGCGAAAGAGCGGGAAAGCUUCUGGAAGCGCAAUCUCUGCCGCAGAUCAAGCUGUCUAAGAUCGAUCUGGAAUGGGUCCACGUGUUGUCGGAAGGAUGGGCGAGUCCUCUCCGCGGGUUCAUGCGCGAGGAGGAGUAUCUGAGCGCCCUGCAUUUCAACUGUCUCCGCCUUCCCGACGGCUCUGUAGCUAGCAUGUCUGUCCCCAUUGUCCUGGCCAUCGAUGACCGCGCGAAGGACGCCAUAGCCGAUUCGUCCGCCGUCUCUCUCGUGCAUCCUUCUUCAGACGAACCCGUCGCCAUCUUGCGCAAUCCGCAGGUGUACAAGCACAACAAGGAAGAGAGGAUUGCGCGGACGUGGGGAUGCACUGCGCCCGGCCUGCCGUACGUUGAGGACGCGAUAACUAGCGCGGGAAAUUGGUUGAUUGGCGGGGAGUUGGAGGUGUUAGAUAGGAUAACGUACGGAGACGGGCUAGACGAGUACCGGCUGUCGCCGGCGGAGCUGCGCGCGGAGUUCGCGCGCAAAGGCGCGGACGCCGUCUUCGCCUUCCAGCUGCGCAACCCCGUGCACAACGGCCACGCGCUCUUGAUGACUGACACGCGCCGCCGCCUCCUCGAAGAAGGAUACAAGAACCCUGUGCUGCUUCUCCAUCCUCUAGGGGGCUACACCAAGUCGGACGACGUCCCGCUCCCGACGCGCAUGGCGCAACAUGCGAAGGUACUGGAAGAAGGCGUGCUGGAUGCAGAGAGUACGGUGCUGGCCAUCUUCCCAUCACCGAUGCUCUACGCGGGGCCGACAGAGGUUCAAUGGCAUGCCAAGGGGAGAAUCAACGCCGGCGCAGAUCACUAUAUCGUGGGUAGAGACCCCGCGGGGAUGGGUCAUCCGACUGCUGAUCGGGAUCUGUACGAUCCCGACCAUGGCAAGAGGGUUCUGGCGAUGGCCCCUGGAUUGGAGAAGCUGCGCAUACUGCCGUUCCGAGUCGCCGCGUACGACAAGUCCAAGGGCGCGAUGAACUUUUUCGACCCAUCGAGAGCGUCGGAUUUCGUGUUCAUAUCUGGCACGAAGAUGAGGGCGUUUGCUAGGACUGGGGAGAGUCCUCCAGAUGGGUUCAUGUGCCCAGGUGGAUGGCAGGUGUUGGUAAAGUACUAUCGCGAGCUGGCGUCGCAGGAGGAGCAGCCGAACAACAGAGAGGUGGCGGCGGCCGUUCGCCCGUGAGCGCGCUCUGCGCCGGCGCGCGGCGGCGGACAGGAAGAAAGGAGUGAGCGGGGUUGCUGCCGUGCCGCCGCCGGUGCGAGACACAGAUGAGGUCAUUCCAUCGAGGUGAAUUAUGUGUGCUUGUUUGCUUGUAAUUAAACAUAGCGUAACAUGUACUAUAUUGUCACGCACCUAUGUACAGUGUAUAUCGCACGGCUCUGUGUGUGUGUGUGUGUGUUCGUUUGUUUGUUUGUUAGUGUGUUCGCGCGCGCGUGUGUGUGUGUGUGUGUAUGUGUGUUUGAGAGAGAGAGAGAGAGAGAGAGAGAGAGAGAGAGAGAGAGAGAGAGAGAGAGAGAGAGAGAGAGAUGCCAUGGCUGUUCUCGGUGUUCCUUAACCGUCUUGUCUUUGAGAGAGAGAGAGAUGCCAUGGCUGUUCUCGGUGUUCCUUAACCGU